AUGAACCUACUAUCAAUCACCACCCUGGACGCGCGCGGGCUGAAAGGUUUGUGGGGCAACGGAACCUUGAGUGUCGUGAAUCGCCAAGGGGUCGAGGUGCUCACUGGGCGGAUCGCAAGCAGAAGCGGGAGCGGUCGCAAGCUAUAUGCGGUUGAUUUGGUGGACAAAAAGCUAGUGGCACCCACAACAGUGGCAAUCACAGGGAGAAAUCGAAAGCAGCCCACCUCCAUGGAGAACUGGCACCGGCAACUGGGGCAUGCCAACAUCUGGAUGAUCCAAAGAAUGGCAACGAGAGGGUUUGUUGAAGGCCUAGACAUCACAAAGGGUGAAGUGCGGGGAAUGUGCCAGGAUUGCAUUCUCGGAAAGCAAGAUCGAGCCCCGUUUGAUGACAAAGUUGUCCACGAGAACAAUGCACUGGAACGCGUCCACCUCGACCUGUGGGGGAGAGCUCGGACACCAAGCUGGGGAGGAGCAGUGUACCUACUGUUAAUCUCGGAUGGGGGAACUAGCAUGAAGUUUCCCGUAUUCCUGGCAGACAAGCGCAAGGAGACUGUCCUCAAGGCUUUCGCGGCGUGGGUGACGGAAGUUGAGGUUCAAACAGAACGGAAGCUAAAGGUUGUCCGAGUUGACCUUGGGAGCGAGUUUGACAACGACAUUUUCACGGGGUACUGCAAGGACCGAGGCAUCAUGAUUGAGCGAGUCCCAAAGGCAUCGUCUGCGGCACAUGGUCAUGCCGAGCGCGGGAAUCGGACCAUGAUAGCUGGGGCCAGGACACAACUGAUUGAAUCAGGGUUAGAUGCUUGGUUCUGGGCGGAGGCAACGGCCGCUCACUGCUAUGUUUGGGGGUUCAUCACGUCUGCGAGACACCCAGACACAGUUCCAUGGACACGAUGGUUCCGGAAGCAAGACGGGGAUGGCAACACUGUUCGCCCAAAUAUUUCACACCUAUGCGUUUGGGGCAGCGUCUGCUAG